AUGGCAACACCGUCGUCGCAAGACUCGGGUUCAGAACCAUCCGGCCUUUGGGAUCCCUCUCUCGGAACUACAAGCUGCACGACUAGCCAAGCCGGGCAGCUAGACCCCUACGAGCCCGAAGCAGCCAUACCCCCCGCCUCCAGGGAUUUCCAAACCGAUCUUCGUGGAAUCGGAGGGGGCGAUGUUCUGAAUAUGGAGGAAAUGUGGUGUCCAUUGGAUCUGGAGCAAACCCAACAGGCUUUUGGCUUGAAACAAAAGGAUCCCCCGAAGUUUGACACGCCUGCCUAUAGACAACCCCAGGAAUCCGAAUUCAUACGAUAUCUCCAACAAGCUGUUGAGGCUUGGAAUUCAAAUCAGUUCGAUGAGGUCCUCUCAAUGCUCGAUGAUGCCCGCUCAAUGGUCGUGGAUCACCCUAGGAUUGGUUUACCUGACACCAAGACUCAGGAGACCGAUCUGGGAACAAGAACUCGGAAAGAGCCGAGGAAAGAGCCGAAGAAAGAGCCGAAGAAAGAGCCGAAGAAAGAGCCGACGAAGGAGCCUACGUAUCGUUGUCUUCUAUGCCCUGAAGUCAAACGUACCCGUACCUUCAACAAAACCGGAACCUUUAAGCGCCAUGUUGAGACUUAUCAUCAGGCCCAGUAUAAAUACUGGUGUCCACGGGGUUGCCCCAGUCACGAGGCUAGACGUGACAAGGUCAAACAGCACGCUGAGAAAUACCAUCACCUGCUCAACUUCGAACGCACAGAAAUCAACGAUUUCCGUGAAGAAUUGGCUUGCCCUAUCAAUUGUCUUCUUUGCCCCUUGAGUGUUAAAAGUUGGGAUGAGUUCUACAAUUGCCUCGCCAGCCAUUGUGAGAUCAAGGACUCGAUACACGACGGGGAGACCUUACAGCCCAACCCCAAGGCUGGCCAAAGAUCCAAACAGUCUCAGCGUGAGCAGAACGCCAAUCAAUCUAGCGAACCGGUCCCUGACAGCCGGUAUAAGCGCAAGAGAACAGAUUAUUCUUCCUCCUUGAGGCCUCCACCGCCACCAGAGCCACAGCCGGAGCCUGAGCAAAAGUGCUCCCGGUGUCCUCAUAUCGUCAACAAAUGCGAUCUGUGUUUCCAGACAGGCCGAUGCCACAUGUGUGCCGCUGACCAGCUUGCGGUGCAGUCCUCUGGUGGACACCCGGCUUCGGCCACUCGAUCCGUUUCAUUCGAGAGCUCUUUAUAUGUCAACCCGCUUGAUUUGACAACUCCUCGAUAUAUCCCAAAUCAAGGGUUUGGCCAAGACAUGCAGGCUGGUGCUGCUUCUUUCCCCGCGGACCCAUAUACAUAUACCGGAGCGGGGUUUCCAUGGGCAGGGACGCAGGGCUAUGGAACCGGCACCGGGAACGCCCGCCACAGCCGCGGUAACAUGGGCUUUGGAGACUCCCCCACGAUGAUGAUCGCUGCGGUAUCAGAGCCCAACUUUCCCUUGCUCUAUGAGAGUCAUCUCAAAGGCCCGUCUGUGAUGGGCCCGCGUUCCAUACUGCGCAGACUCGGCAAAUUGAUCAAUCCUCAGGCCACCAAGUCUCAAGUCAACAGGAUCCCCACAGAGCUUCUUUCAAGCGUGCUUCCUGGCACCUGGGACUACUUGUCCUUCGUCCCACCGCGGAGCAACUCACUCCCGCUCCCGAGUACUAUCGCAAGCCUCGAGCCUGCCCCGGAAUGCAACUGCCCAUGCCGCGCCAUGCCUCGUCCGCAGUACAUAGCACGUACCCACAAAGCUGUGUCUCCUGACAGACGUGUCGAAGUGACAUUCAAGGUUGCGGCUGGCGACACGCAGUCUCGAGAGCCUGGCCACAGCCAUACCCUGCGGACAAGAGUCCAGGUAGUAGUGCGGUUGCUUAAGCUCCGGUCAUCCGUGGCCGCCGAGUCCCCAGACAGAAAGCAGAAGAAGACGACCAAAGAAGGCGACACGGACGAGAACGCAGACUCCUCGUCCCUUGAAAUCUCUUCUUCUCAGUCUGUCACUGCCAUUUCGAGCUCCGAAGAAGAACUGGAAGCCGAAUGGGCUUUUACUACCGAUUUUCAGUGGCUGCUCCAGAAGUUGCUGGCCUUGAUAAAUGAUGCUGGAGGUGAUACGUCUUCGAAACUGGUUCCGCAUGACGCCGACGAUGAGUUGAAGUCAGUUUAUGUGCUCAUCAUGCAUCUUGUUCUCUUCUUCUUGAACAUGGGCCGUCAUGGGGGCGGUAUGCUGCUGACUGAAUGA